AUGCACGGGCAUGCGCACCACCAUGCACGCAAUGUGGAGGAACUAGAAGGACGAGGAAUUAUUGAAGAACGAGGAGUCGUCGAGGAGCGAGGCGAUGUCGUUUAUGUUUACAAGACCGUGGAACCAGACUUUGAAGGGGAGGUGGGAGGUUAUGUCACCGGCAACGAACACAACACUGCGACGAAAGUAAACGCUGGUCUCGGUCCUCCUGUCAGCGCGCCUGGAAAGCCCAAGGAACACACAACCGAGGCGGAUGAGGAGACGUCAACCAAGACGAAGGCGGAACCGACGACCACCAAAGAGACAGUGGCCCACACCACUCAUGAAACUAAAGAGGAGACCACCGAGACUACCAGUGCUGAAACGACCCGCAAGAAAGUCACCACUACCAGUGAGUCGGAGGCUCCUAUCACAACAACCUCUUUUGUGACUUCAGCAUCGUCCACCUCGCAGUCCUCCCAGGAUGUCAACACUCUCCUCGCAACCUCUACCGGAUCGGCCAAGGACUCUACCGCAUCGGCCUCAACUACUGCUAUUCCAACUACUGCUUCUGAGGGUAUGACUGGUGGCGCAAAGGCUGGUGUGGCCAUCGGUGUCAUCUUCGGUGUUGGUGUGAUCGCUGCGUUGAUUUUCUUCUUUAUGCGCAAGAAGAAGAGAAGUCAGGAGGGAUAUCAAAAGGAGAAUGAGAAGACCUUCGGUGGUGAAGGCCUGCCAGAGGGCAUCGCUGCUUCUUUCCCACCUCCUCCUCCUUCCAAGCCACAGACUUCGACUCCCCCGCAGCUUAAUGUUCGUCCCGUCACUCAAUUCGCGCCUGAUCUGAGCGGCGGCAGUGCCUUGAACCCGGCCACUGCUGGUGCUUCCGGGGGUUUAAGCCCGGCCACUGUUGCAAGUGCUACUGCUGGAGCUGGAGCUGUAGCUGGCUCGGCCGCAGUCGCCUCUCGUAAUCUUACUGGCGAAUCGCCGCCUCCUACUCCGCCAAAGUCCGCUGCAAGCAACACCAACCCGUUCAGUGACCCUGUGAAUCCUUUCAACACAACCACCAGCCCUGUUAGCCAGAAUGCGCCUUCAGUUCCCGAACCAGCUACUGGACCGUCUGGAUCGACCGUCGCAGCUGCGGCGGUUGGUGCUACAGCUGUUGGUGUUGCAGCAGGUGCUGUUGCUUCAUCUCGGGCGUCCAAUGAUUCUUACCACUCCGCUCAAUCACACGGCCAUUCCCCCACUGGAUCGACCCAAUCCGCGACCAUGCCUGGCGAUGCUGCUGCUGGCUCGGCUGCUGCUGCCGGCGCCGGUGUUGUAGGAGCUGCUGGUGCAGCAGGCGCCAUGCCUGCUGGUCCACCACCCCCCAACAAUGUUUACCGUGUGCAACUGGAUUUCAACCCUUCUAUGGAGGAUGAGCUCGGCCUUCGCACAGGCGCGCUUGUGCGCUUGGUUCAUGAGUACGACGAUGGAUGGGCUCUCUGUAUGCGCCUUAAUAGCCCCCAGCAAGGUGUUGCUCCACGUUCUUGCCUCUCGGCUCGCCCUGUCAUGCCUCGCGCCCGCCCACCCCCUGGCGCUCCCGGCUCUCGCGGCCCACCCAUUAUGGGUCCUGACGGUCGUCCAAUGAUGCCCGGCGGUCCUCCUGGUCCAAGAUUCUACCCUCAGGACGUCCGUCCGAGAUCCCCCGGUAAUGCUGGCGUCUCUGGACCUCCGCCUUCCCGCCCUUACCCUGGCCCUGGAUCUGCCGUCCAGUUCCCGCCAGUUCCCCGCUCUAUGUCGCCCGGACCAGGAGGAAUGCCUCGCUCUAUGUCUCCAGGGCCCGGAGGACGACCUGGCCCUCGUUCAAUGUCCCCCGGACCUGGAGGUAUGCCUGGCCCUCGCUCCAUGUCUCCAGGGCCCGGAGGACGACCUGGUCCUCGCUCCAUGUCCCCAGGACCGGGAGGACGACCUGGCCCUCGCUCGAUGUCUCCCGGACCUCGCGGAAUGCCGGGCCCUCGCUCGAUGUCUCCCGGCCCCGGAGGAAUGCCCGGCCCGCGCUCGAUGAGCCCUGGUCCAUACGGAGCUCCUGGAAUGCAGCGCCCUGUGAUGCCUGUCAACCAGCGCCAACGUAGCAAUAGUGCCGGCGGCAACGCUGGUCCUCCUAUGGCACCACCAGCUGCACCUUCCGUUUCCAGUCCACUAGCCGCUCCCGCUCCUCCCCCCGCUCCUGCUGCGCCACAAGUUUCGAGUCCCUUAGCCGCUUCUGAUUCUGCCCCUGUCGCUCAUGUUGCUCCCGCUGCGCCACAAGUUUCAAGUCCCUUGGCUGCUCCUGCUCCGGUCCCUGCUUCUCCUCCGGCUCCUGCUCCCGCUGCGCCGGAAGUCUUAAGUCCCCCAGCCGCUCCUGCGCCUCCUCCCGCCGCAGUGCCAACGCCAAGCCCCCUAGCCGCUCCUACUCCUGCUCCCACCAGCGAGCUCCCAGCCCUUCCGGGUUCCCUGCCAACUUCCCCGUCAGGCUCGAUCUCUCGAAAGCCCGUCCCCACUCAGGACGCUUAA